AUGCUUCUUAAUAUACAAUUUUAUCUUUAUUUUCCAGAUGGUACAUUAUUACAUUCAAUUUAGACUCUGAGAUAUUGUUCAAAUUCAAGAAAUAUGAAAUUCGAAAAUUCUUUGAUGGUCAAAUCCAAUUUACAUAAAAUGAAUAGCAAUCAAUCUAAUAAUUCAAGCAAAAAUAUUAAGUUUAAAAGGAAGAUUCAUUUAUUUUAAGAAUGUUAUAUGCUACAAAAUUUAAGUUUGAUAAAUGUUUAGAUGCUAUUAAAAAUUAUGAUGAGUGGUAAUAAAGUAGAAACCUUAAAGUAAAUCCAAUGUCAUAAGAAUUAUUGGUAUAUUUAUUCGAUUCAUUCCAUAGAAACAAGGAGUGAUAUAUAUGCAUGGCAGAGAUAAUAGAUUCCGUCCUAUUAUUGUUGUAAAUGUCAGAAAAGUUUCAUAGGUUAAAGAAAUAGAUAUCCUACUUUAAUCAAUAUCUAUAUUUCUUGAUUAUCUAUUGAAAAAUUGCAUGCUUCCUGGUUAAAUUGAAAAUUGGUAUAUUACACAUUUUUAAAUUAGGAUUGUUAUUAUGGAUUUAGGAGGACUGGGCAUUAUGGGGUUGCCAAAAUAGGAUCUUUAUAGAAUUAUGAAUUAUCUUUCUAGUAAUUACAGAUCAAGAAUGCACAAAUGCUAUGCUAUAAAUUGUACCAAAUCACUCAGUAUUACUUGGGCUAUGAUUAAGACAUUUUUAGAAGAUAUUACAGUAUUUAAUAGUAUUCUAUCAAAGGUUAAUAAAAUUUGUUUCGAAAAUGCCCCUAUCUCUCUUCUUUAAUAUGCAAAUCCACAAUAAUUGGAAACAAAAUAUGGAGGUUCAGCAAAAGAUAAAUUAGAUAAUUUUUGGUAAUCGAAUUUAUCAUUAUUAGGCCUCCUUAAGAGAUAAGUAUCAAUUAUCAAAUAGCUGUUGAUUAAAUCAAAUUAAUUGAUUAAUUCACAUAUAUUUAACUAUUUUAAUAAGGGAAAUUAGCCAAGAAUCUAAUUUGCCCAGAAAUAAUUAAGAUUUAAUAAUUAGAACUAAAUAACCAAUAAAUUCAAUUAUAGCAAAAAUUUGAAGAAGGCUUUUAAUCUUGUGAAGAUAACAAUGAUAAAUGA